CAUGUUUUCCUCAACGCCAGCUCCCUGUUAAUCUCGAGACAAGAAUACAAGUGUGGAAGAAGCCCAAUGCAAGCGCAGUGCGUCGUGAUCCGGUCACCUCGUCCAGUGAGACGAGAGGCCGAGACGAUCGAGAAGUACUGAGAUCUGAAGGAAAAGAACGACAAGAACGAACGAACGAACGAACGAACCAAGUUGCCCUCCUCAACUACUCCUACUUCCACAACUACAACUUCUAACACUGCUACGACGGUGACGACGACGACUUCGACUUCUGAAGCAGUGACUCGACGAGACGAACAAGAAGAAGAGCUCCUUCCCUCCCCCCCCCCAUACGGCGACUACUUUAGUACUAGUGUAGACUGUAGAGACACCACCACAGAGGGAGAGAACGAGAAGAAGUAAAGUGAGUGAGUGAGAGAGGACUGAGGACUGAGGAAGAAAGAGAAGAAGUUGGAAUUUCGCUUCGAAGAGGAAACACGCACGAAUUGAGCUCGCGUCGAAAAUGGUGAAAAUCCCCGAGAAUUCCAUUUAAAACGGUGGGUGUGGCCUGGCUGGGAUCUAUUCUGGAGUCCAAUCUGGAAUCCAUUCUGGGACCAAGCAAGAUGCCCUGGCUGGCCAGUCAAACGCCAGCAGCUCUCCCGGUGGGUGUGACCGAGUGCCCGACCCAGAGGUUGUCCCAGAGGAUGAGAGGCUAGAACCCACCCCGGAUGAAUGACAAUCAUAAACCAUAUUGCAGAGUGUGCCACUCAGUCCAAGGCUUACAAGUGAACCCAGAAGUGAUUCAGGGAGUGAUUCAGGGAGUGCGUGAGUCCGUGCCUACCUUUGAGAUUGGAGACGGGUGAGUGGUGUGGGCUGGAAAGCCUUACAAGUUGACACUCAAAUAUGGUGGACCGAGGCUCGAGUGACACCUAUUCCUUGCCGCCCCGGCUUCCGCCGCCCAGUGGGACGGGUCCGCCUCAUUCUUGGCCCAGCGGGCCCUAUAUGCCCACUGGGCCCUACCCGCCUAAUUACACGCCCAAUCCCGGUUACGCUUCGCCUUACAUGAGCCAGUUCUCGGGCUAUGCCUCCAGUCCAUCGGCGUAUUUGUCACCCGUGAGUAAUGGCUCGUCCCAAGACAAGAUGGGACUCAAUGGGGGAGGCGGAGGCGGGGGCUAUGGCAAUGUGGGUGGUCACCCCGGAUAUCAGUUCCAUGGCUUGAGUGGUGAUAUUCGACCUUUGCCCGCCCACAGCCCCUUACCCGCUCAUUUGCGAUCCAGCGGGGGCAGUACGGGCAGCAACAGUCCGGGCAGUUCGUCCCCGCUGCCGGCCCACAUGCGGAGUAGUCCAUAUCAACCUACUCAAAAUUAUCAUUUGAACUCCGCCCCGCCUUAUCAUCCGCCCACGGCCUUACCUCCCGGUUACAUCCCACAGGCCCAGGGGUCGUAUCCCAAUCAUGCAGCGGGUCAUCAAAGUAAUGGCGCUACCGCCACCGAUUCUACCAAAGAGCCUAUACUGAAAGUACCUCAAGGCCACCAUGUCCCGGGCGUGACCAACGGGAAUGGUGGUGGAGUGCCCGGGUACAACCUGUCCCAUCCGUCAUCUUACUACGGUGGACCCUCAGUCCCCUCUUCAUCAUCUCAUGUCCAGCCUUCGGGCAACCAUGGCGGACUCUACCAUGGGAACUCCACCCACAGUUCAGCCAUCCCACCUUAUGGACACCUGAGCAAUAUGCAGCCGCCGCCCUUGUCUCAUCUCCCUCCUCCUCACCCUCAUCCUCAUCCGCCUCAUCCCCAUGCCGCCCAUCAUUCGUCCGAUCAGCCCGUGUCUUUGGCCACCCAUAGUUCCUCAUCGUCAUCUCAUCCAUUGUCAAACUUGUCCAGCGAGCCGCCGCCCACAUCUGACCGAACGUCCUCUACCCCGUUAUCGAGUAUAGCGUCUCACAUACCCAACGAUCUCAGUAAGAAGAAGAAGACCAAAAAGGACAAAAAGGACAAGAAAUCCUCAUCCUCUUCCUCAGUUAAGAUGCCAGCUAAAAGUAGAGAGCCUCUUCACAACGGGUUACCGGCCGGCGUUGCUCCCGGCUCGUUGGAUCUGUCUCGCCUGCAACCCGUCGGCCCGCCUCCUCCACCUACUCCUCUUCCUCUUCCUUCUACUCCUCAAGCCCCUACCCGGACCAUUCUGAAUACGCCGAUGGUUUCUCCUACUCACAACAAAGUGUCGACCUCCAAUGCGAACACUCCAUCCAAGUCUUCAUCAAACGGGAUUUCCAGCAAGACAUCCGCGCCCCUAUCGAUUCCAAGUGUACCUCAUCCUUCUCCUAAUGGCAAAGGGCUUAAAAAUGGGGGUUGGAAAAAACGAAAGGCCUCUGUGGAGCCCGCUGGUCCCGGCAAUGCAAAGAAACUCAAGAGUGAUCAGAAUUCCUCGUCGUUGAAAAAGCGCCCCUCGUACAUGUCCGACGUGAUGAAUUGCACGCAAGACGACCCAUAUAGUUUUGAUGCCGAGGAGAAACGACCUGCGCCUUCAUAUGGCCCGGUUUACAAGUUCAAAAGUGCUUUACUCUCUCGUGAGAGCCGAUCUGGCAGUACGGACUCAAAAUCGAGUUGCUCGAACGGGUUCCAAACCAAACCGCGACUCAAUUUGAGAUCCGCCGAACAUUCCUUUCCCUCGGUGGUGGAUCUCAUGUUGGAGGACUUCCAGACCAAAACCAUAUCCGUGUCCAAUAAGCCUAGUUUAGACCAUUACCGCUUUCGUUUGGCUGUCAAAAUGGAGAAGAAAGAGAACCGUGGUCGGAAGAAGAAAGCCGACCUCGUCAGUGAUACCAAUGGUGGUGAAGGCACACCUUUGAAUUCACCUCCCCCCAAUUCAAACUUGGACUCCAUGAUGAGUGGAGAAACGUCUCUGGAUCUCUCUACUACGUCUUUGAAGACACCUGUGUCCCUAAAUGGAGACCAUCCUGGACAAAACCAUAAGGAGGAGGAAGAGGAGGAGAUAACCUCUCCGGAGGUUGAAACGCCAAAGAAAAAGAAAUCACCAGGAAGGAAAAAGAAGAAGCAACAACAGCAGGCAGAGGGGGACGAAAACAAGCCAUUGGCGAAAGAUGAACAGCGAGUUCCCCCCUUGUCGGGAAUCAGUGAUACCACGAGUAGUAUAAUUAGUAACAAAACCGACUCCUCAUCUCCAACUCCCCCCAUAACCUCGUCCAAUACACCAUCGCAGUCCAACGUGAAGAAGGGAAGUCUUUGGGCUUUGCCCAUAGUGCCCAAAUUGCCUCAAAAGUCUUCUGACAAGUCCACAGCAAGUGCUAUAUUGGCCAAAGCCAAGCCCGUGAAAGAUGAGAGCAGUGGCGAAGUAGACAUUAGUGAUAUCUGGAGACAAGCAUUCGGUGCCGGCAAGCCCAACAACAAAAAGAUGUCCGCGGGUUCGGACAUCGCUUCGAACGGAGGUGCGAUCAAGAUCAAAUCCGAAGCCAGUGAUGAACCCAAAAAGAAAAGCUGUCUGGAGACUCCGCCGGAGCUAAGGCGGAGGCCCAGGCCAAAUUUUGGAGGAUUGAUUCAUUUUGCUCCCGAUUGGCAGCACCGAGUAUAUGCUCAUCAUAACAAGUGCAGGAUACCCGCUCCCAUUCGGGAGCGAAUGAAAGUGGAACCCAAAAUCUUGAGCUCUGCUCUCCCGGGUUCAGCAGGUGUGGUGUCAUCCAACGAAGAACUGCAACUCACUGAUAACAUUUUGGCAUCAGCUCUGACCUCCGCUCCAGGUGAACACGCUCGCCCAAGAAAGAUUGUGGGUGACGAAAGUGGAAGACCCUUCAGUGUUGUGGAUAGAAUUAUUGAGAAGCGAAAGAUGAGGAUGUCCAUUCCAAGGCUCUACAAAAUGACAGGCCAACGGAAGAGUAAGAUGAAGAUGGUGUUCGACAAACUCCCAGAGGAGAGCAUCGCCCUUAUGCCGACCCCAGGUCUGCCUCUUCUCACCGAAGAUACCACCGAGAUCCUCAUUGGUAGCAACUAUGGCAAUUUCCGUCGGCAAACACUUCUCCGGUAUCUGGAUUCUUCCGUCUCAGUCACAUCUUGUUCCGAAACCGAGAAAACGCCUGUCAAGAAGGCGAAGGAAGAAGUAGCGAAUGAAUCCCCUGCGUCAGAAAAGCCCAAGAAGAGAGGCCCAGGUCGAAUGAAGAAGGCAGAGAAGGAUCUCUUGCUAAAGAAAGAGAAGAAAGAACCCGAUGAGGAAGCGGUGCCAGCUGCUCAUGCGAUCAAAGUGCCAGAAACACCCUCCAAGAAGCCGUCCAACUACACUGAGGAUGACUAUAUUCCCACUGAAAAGGAGGAGCAGCUCCAAGACCAGCUGCAAACAUUUGCGCUGGAGCUUUUGGACGAGAACCCCUCUUGGGGCUCGAAGACUGUCAUCCAGAAUCUGGUCAUCUGGGAGCCCAUUGAUCCCGUGUUCCCGGAGAAGAAGAUUAAGAAGAAGGCCAAAAAGUACAAGAAACGUCAAUCGGGUCUGGAUUUCUCGUCAUCGUACAAAAAGAAAGCUGGGAAGAGUCGUGAUACAUCGAGAGCGAACUCGCCCGAGCCAAAGGAGUCGAAACCCAUUCGUUACAGUUUGGAUAACGUGAUCAACGAGUCCAAGAAUUGGGUCAUCGACAAAGGAGCCGGAGAAACGAUCCUGCAUCGCGCCUCCAAAAUGGGCUACCCCGAUGUGGCGGCCUAUGCAGUGGACAUUGUCAAGAUGAACCCGAACCUGAAGGACAACGCCGGCAUUCCGCCCAUUCACAAAGCGGCUUUCAAAGGCCACAACGACAUAGUACAAAUUCUACUCAAGUAUGGUGUGGACCCGAACACCAAUGUGAAAGGUACUCGCCCUCUACACGAGGCCUUAGAAAGUGGCGACCUGUGGUCAGUGUUCCAUCUCCUGGGUUAUGGCUCAGAUCCUCUCUUGUACGACUAUUCUGGGAACAUGCCCAUUGAUCUCACCGAGGACGAUGAGGACAUGAGGCGAUACCUCUCAUCCGUUCUGGCUGACCUCCAUGGAAAAGCGGGAGACCGUUGGAACGUGUCCCAUGAGCCAUCAUUUCAUAUGCCCGAAGAUCUUCUCAAACGCCAUUUUCACAAAGACCCCGAGAAUGAUGGCAAGAGCGAGUCCGACGACGAUUCGGACUCGGAGGAUGACGAUCUCAUCAUGGAGUCUUCCAGUCAGCCGUUACCAGCCUAUUUCCAAUUCCCGGAUCGAGAGGGCCACUUCAUGUUCCUGUCGGAUGUGAAAAGCUCGUCAAAGAUCGAUUUGAAGAAGCAAGAGAUCCUGGAGAUGUCUUGGGAGGACUUCAUCCGCACUAGUCAUUGUUGCCUUUUGGGAUAUUCGAUCCCGAACUCGAUGAAGCAGCACGAGAAAUCAAUCGUCAAACUCGUAGCAAUUGAAGGAUCGAUCAAACGAAGCUUGGCCAUUGAAUCCUCGCCCAUUAAAAGCAAAUCCAAGUGCAAUUAGGUCCCCCACACUAUGGGCUCUAGAACCAAAAUCGUUGUUAUCCCCCAUUAGCGGAACGACUCGGGAAAGAAUAUCAUCCUUUUUACGCCCCGCGUUUUUUCUGUUCCUGUCUCGAUCAUUAAAUCCUAUUAUUUAACAUAUUGACAGAUAAAUAUAACCAGAGGCAUCAUUCGGUUCACUACCGAAGAGAGACAUGA